GAGCAUCAUCCGCGGAGCAAUUGGAUACGCCCGCGGAGCUGGCGCCGGACGAUGUAUUAUCUUCGGAGACAUGACGCGGAUGUUCCAGACUCGCCGCGCCGCUUCUUCAAACAUUUAUAUAUAGUGUCUGUACUGGUUCGAAUUUACGGAUCGCACUGCAGUUUUAAUUCCCGACCGAGCGUGGGUUGUAAUCUUCAAGGUUACUGCACCCGACCAGCCUCCAGACCACGACUUUGGGCUUCGCUCACACAGACCGCCAGGAGAUCUCCGAGAUCAGCCCAAGCAGCAGAAUGCCCAGUUCAAAAGAAGUUUCGUCAGAUGACAUGGCUCCUGAGCCUGAAAGAGGCGAGGACGGACGCCUGUCUGAAGGCAUCACAAUAAUUGACUGGAACGGACCAGAUGAUGCUGCAAAUCCGCAGAACUGGCCCAGCGGCAAACGAUGGUCACAUAUCGUUGUCGUGUCUUUACUGGCUCUUGUGACAAACAUGGCGCCGACAAUGUGCGCCCCGGCUAUCAAUCAGAUCAACGAGGAGUUCGGCAUACAUUCCUCAACUGUCAGCACCCUCUCUGUCACACUCUAUGUCCUUGGCCUUGGAGUAGGACCUAUGUUCAUCUCACCAAUUAGUGAGGUGUAUGGGCGCUUACCUGUCUAUCAUAUUUCUACGCUCGUUUUCAUCGCUUUUCUCAUUGGCAAUGCGCUGAGCCAGAAUAUUGCCCAAUUUAUGCUUUUUCGCUUUCUUUCUGGCUGCGUAGGCGGGACACCUAUGGCUCUUGGCGGAGGUAGUAUCGCCGACGUUACCUCCCUCCAAACAAGAGCAAGUGCCAUGGGAUUGUUCAGCUUAGGUCCCUUGACAGGACCGGUCUUAGGUCCCGUCAUUGGAGGAUUCGUGGCGGCCGGCCUCGGAUGGCGCUGGGUAUUCUGGCUUCUGACCAUCCUCGGGGGUGCUACUGAGAUCGCGGCCGCCAUAGUCAUGCGAGAGACGCACGCACGGACUCUCCUGGAGCGCAAGACAAAGCGUGUUCGUGUUGCUACUGACAAUACGAAGGUGCACUCCAAAUUUGCUACAACGCACCUCACCCCGAGCCGCGUGUUGGCGCAGGCUCUCCUCCGGCCCACCAGACUCCUCAUACGCUCGCUUGCAGUAUCUGUCAUGUCCUUAUAUGUAGCCAUUGUCUUCGGACUACUAUACUUGCUGCUUACCACUUUCCCUGACGUGUUUGAGGGAAGCUACGGUUUCACUAUAUCUACAUCCGGGCUGUCCUACCUUGGACUUGGCGUGGCAUUGAUAGUUGCGAUGGUGGUUUUCCGGACUCUCGGUGAGCGUGUACGGGUAUCCCAUUUGAAUUCGGACGGUAGAGAUCAACCACGGCCAGAGCUCCGCCUAAUCUUGAUGAUCUGGUUCAGUCCGUUUGUAGGUCUUGGCUUCUUCGUCUAUGGCUGGACAGCCGAGAACCAGGUGCACUGGAUUGUACCCAUUAUUGGCACCUCUUUCAUCGGAUUUGGAGCCUUUUUCGUAUUAAUGCCGACACAGCUCUAUCUUGUCGACUUGUUCGGGCCCGAGGCAGCUGCUUCUGCUCUGGGUGCUAAUAAUUUCCUGCGAUUCUUGUCCGGUACGUUUCUGCCACUAAUCGGACCGCCCAUGUAUCGGGCGCUGGGCCUUGGAUGGGGAAACACUUUGCUUGGAUUUCUAGCGUUAGCUUUCGUUCUAGUUCCAAUGUUGUUCUACAAGUACGGGGAGAAGUUGCGGCAAAAGACGAUAGAGUUGCUAUGAUAGGAAGCAAAACCCAAGAUUUGGCCGGUUGGCUUUUCGAAAAUUCAAUAUUACUUCGAAUGUUUACUUCAUUCAUUACAGGCAGAUUCGGCAACCAAGGAUGGUCUGGUCGGUGUGGUGUCCUUUUCUUUGACACAUAAAAGCCGUAAUAUAGUCGGCACAAGUCCAGAAUGUAACCAAAGAAAUAUCAAAUAACCAUAGCUGACCUGGAAGAC